GGCGGCCCUGACUCCCAAGGGGACCCCCUUCCUCGUGUCCCGGCGAAAAGUCUUCUCCAGGGGUCCCCUGUCCUCCUGCAGCCACAAGAUGGCCUUCCUGAAGCUGCUCUGGCUGGGUCUCUUCUGCCACCUGUGUCAGGGCUACUUCGAUGGCCCCCUCUACCCGGAGAUGUCCAAUGGGACGCUGCACCACUACUUCGUGCCCGACGGGGACUACGAGGAGAACGAUGACCCCGAGAAGUGCCAGCUGCUCUUCAGGGUGAGUGACCACAGGCGCUGCUCCCAGGGGGAGGGCAGCCAGGCCAGCCGGCUGCUGAGCCUCACCCUGCGGGAGCAAUUCACGGUGCUGGGCCGCCAGGUGGAGGACGCGGGGCGGGUGCUGGAGGGCAUCAGCAAGAGCAUCUCCUACGACCUGGACGGCGAGGAGAGCUACGGCAAGUACCUGCGCAGGGAGUCCCACCAGAUCGGGGAUGCCUACUCCAACUCGGACAAGUCCCUCACGGAGCUGGAGAGCAAGUUCAAGCAGGGCCAGGAGCAGGACAGCCGGCAGGAGAGCAGGCUCAACGAGGACUUCCUGGGGAUGCUGGUCCACACCAAGUCCCUGCUGAAGGAAACGCUGGACAUUUCCACGGGGCUCCGGGACCGAUACGAGCUGCUGGCCCUCACCAUCCGGAGCCACGGGACCCGGCUGGGCCGGCUGAAAAACGAUUAUCUUAAGGUGUAGGUGAUGGGGCGUCCUGCAAGCAGAGGGGACCGUGUCUGCACUGUCGUGGAGGGAGGGGGACAGAAGACAGGGCUAACAUUCCCCAUAAAGUUCGUUUUCCUAUCCAGAUUUGCACUUGGGGAGUGAUCUGAAGUCAUGUUUGAAAUGGAAAGAAGUGGGUUUGGUUUCUGUACAUUAUUUAUGAGACUGUCAUUGAUUUGCCACCUGCAAAGACCGUGCUAAGCCAUGCCUCCCACCUUUCCUCAGAGGCUGGGUAACUGCAGAGACACCUGUUCCAGCCACCUCGAAAAGGACACUUUACACAGUGUUGAGUUUCCCCAUCCUAGAGAUUUGCUGCAAAUACCCAGACGGCUGGCUCCUUCCCCCUCGCAGCCUUCUCUCCUGGGCGCUGGAAGCUGUCAGUGCUGCCUGUGUUUCUGAGGAGGCCCAAGCACGGCUCUGCAUGCCUCCCCGCAGGAUGGAAGCUGCCUGUUUCCUCUUCACUUUUUCUCUCUUAUUUAUUACCAUUGUCUCUAAGGUUUUGUUUUAAGGUUUGUUUGUUUUUUUGUUUUGUUUUGUUUUGUUUGUGUUUUGGUAAGAGUAUUGGCUAGAAACUUUAUGCAAAUCAUCCUUUGCAGGGAGAUGUCCGAGUGCCUCUGUGUGUGUAAAUCAAAGCGACCACCUUUAAGAAGUCUAAGGUUGGUGGUGGUUGGGCACUCACGUCGAUAUGUUGAUUUGCUAUGUCUCUCACUGUAUGUCUGUGUCAUCAGUGCUCCGGUCCAUUAGGAAGAAGUAGCUUGUUUGCUUGAACACACCCCCAAAUGCCUUAUGAGUGAGGUUAUCAAUAUAUUCUUUCUCACUUAGGGGUCUUGCUUCUGUUUGCUUAUUGGAGACUUGUACUUCAGGUAGGGGGAAUUCUAAUAACUCCUUAACCAAGUUUUAUUAUUCAGACAAUAAAUAUGUUCUUGUGUAAUGCUGGCUUAUUUUCUAAUUUCUAUCUGUAACUUUCACAUUGCCAAGAGGGGCCAAAGCAAAAGGAAAGAGAAGGAUGGGACGUAAGCCAGUUUACUUAGAGUGUACAUGAAAGGCAGAGGGAUAGCUACGUAUCUGGCACUCCUUCCUUCCCUGCCCACCCUUAUAAUCCUCAAAAGGAAAAAAAAAUCUAGGCCAUGUCAGAACUUGAUCUCUGUCUGCUGGUCUGCUAAAAACUCUAGUGUUCUCCAGUUUUUCCCAAAUAAUCAACUGGAAAACUUUAGGCCAGAGCUCAUACCUUAUAUGCCCUAGAAUGCAGAGGGAGUGUUCCACUCAAAGCUAUAGGAACCACAAUGGUGUUUAGUCAUUCUGAAGCCACGUCUAUGUUAUUUAAUUCAUACUUUAAAAGGAUUGAAAUGCACUUUAUUUCAUGUCUUUCCCUGGCCAGUUCUCAUCCUUACUUAAAUUUGCUUUCUUUUCACACAUACACACAGAGGGAAAUAAAUAAAUGUUCAUAACCUACUUUCCAACAGUGAUCCAUUUUUUUCUCUUAAUGCACAAGGAAUCCAGUUUUCUAUUCCUAUGAAGUGUCAAAUAUCCUCCUACUAAGUAGGAGGAACUGAGGCUCAGAAAAUGAUUGAUCCUCAGCUAGCUGUAACGGUUCCAGGUGUCUUACAUUUGAGUAUAGGACUU